CCCCCGCGACAGCCUUGCAAGGUCGCUCUGCUCCCGCUCGGCUCGACUCUCCAGACGCUGCCGCAAUGUGGUUUUUGGACAAAGUGCGGGCACCCGCCAGAGAUGCCAGCCCGCCGGGCGCUUCGCUCCUGGGCGCGCCCCCCGCAUCCCCCGUGCCGGACAAAGGCAAGGCGGCGGGCGCCCCGGCAGCGGCCUUCGCCAACGUCUUGACCCCGGACAGGAUCCCGGAGUUCUGCAUCCCGCCCAGGCUGGCCAGCCUGCCCCAGGCCAAGAGCCCCCACCCGGCCUUCCAGCCCCGCCGCUGCCUCACGGAGCCCGGCUUGCAGGAGGCCGCUGCGUCCGCGGCGGGCGGCAGCCCCAGCCCGCCCCUGCCGCACCUCAUCCAGGUGGAGAGCGUGGAGCUCGCCGACGAGCUGGACGAGGAGGGCACCGACGCCGACCCCCGGUCGCGGGCAGCCCUGUCCCUGCCGCACUUCCCCAAGGCGCACACCUCCUACGGCUUCUGCACCCUGCUGGAGAGCCCGCACACGCGGCGGAAGGAGUCCAUCUUCCACAGCGGCUCCCUGCCCAGCCUCGCCGCCCCGCGGCCCCGGGCCAGCAGCUACGGCGGCAGGGAGGGCUCCGCCGGCCCCGGCGCGGCCCCCGGCGCGGCCCGGGCGCGGCGCCCGCUCCUCGGCCGCCGGGGCGCCUGGGAGAGCAGCGACACCGGCUCCUCCACCGAGUCCUCGCCCUUCGGCUCGCCGCGCCUGGGCCGCUCGCCGCCGCGGCUCGGCGCGCUCUUCAAGGCGCACAGCCAGGACGGGCCGCUCUGCAGGGCGCUGCGGGGCCGCGGCCGCGCCGGCUCCCUGUCCAUGGACGAGGCCAGCUCCGCCGACAGCAGCCCCAGCGCCACGCGGCGCUCCUCCGAGGCGCUCCUGGACGCGCCGCCCGGCCGCGCCUACGGCCUGGCGCCGCUGCCCGGCCUCCUGCGGGACCUGCCCGGCGGGCGCGAGAGGCUGGGCCGCGACGGCGCCGUGCUGCUGGACAAGGGCGGGCUGCUGCGGCUCUCCUGCGAGUACUGCCCGGACAACCGGCGCCUGCGCCUGCGCCUCAUCAGCGCCGAGGGGCUGUACCAGGCCUCGGCCGAGCCGCGCGCCAUCAACUGCUGCGUCUCCUUCGCGCUCAUGCCGGGCAAGGCGCAGAAGCAGCGCAGCACCGUCAUCAAGCACAGCCGCAACCCCAUCUUCAACGAGGACUUCUUCUUCCUGGGCAUCUCGGAGGACGACGUGUACAGCCUCUCCGUGCGCAUGAAGGCCGUCAACAAGGGCUGCAGCAUGAAGCGGGACCUGCUCCUGGGCGAAAGCCACGUGGCCCUGGUGACGCUGCUGGCGGCCUGAGCUCGAGCUCCGGGCCAGGGACACUGUUCACUUAUUUAUUUAUUCCGUUUGGGGAGCGUGUGCACCCGUUUUUAAUAAACAGUGCUUUCAUCCGG